CUCCCGACCGAGUGCGGCGUGAGUGUGGUGUCUCGGGCGGUGUCUCUGGGGAAGGGGCCCGGGCGGGAAGAAGGGGGUAUGAAAAAGACAGCAUGGAAUUUACUCCAAUGUGUACCCCAGUCUGCAGAAAGCUGGCUGCUGCCGCCAAACAUGGUGCAGUUUCGGGAGACUCCACCUGGCAUAGGGGAGUGUCUUUCUCAGAAUCAAUGGCCUCCACUCCCCUGCCUUCCGUGGAAGACCGCCUGGCUGUCCUCCGCCCUUCGAGGGAACUUCUGCAGUAUUACCAAAAGAAGAUGAGUGAGUGUGAGGCAGAAAAUGAGGACCUGCUGAAGAAACUGGAGCUCUACAGAGAAGUUUGUGAAGGACGGCAUAAACUCGAGUGGGAUGUGCAGCAGAGGGAAGAAGAGAUCGCUGAGCUGCAGAAAGCUCUCAGUGAUCUGCAGCUCUGCCUCUUUCAAGAGCGCGAGCACGUUUUACGCCUCUACGCGGAAAAUGACCGGCUGAGAAUUAGGGAGCUAGAAGACAAGAAAAAGAUUCAGAGUCUCUUGUCUCUUGUGGGAACUGACACUGGAGAAGUGACCUACUUUUAUAAGGAGCCUCCCCACAGAGUCAGCAUUUUCCAAAAGACUGUGCAGGCUGUAGGUGUGUGUGAACAGAGUGAACCUUCAGCUUCCAGAGCAGAUUCUAAAGUCAGCAAAAGAAAACCAACAAUGAAAGAGAAGGAAGAAGGUUUUGAUCAAUACCAUGGAGAUAUACAGUCACUUAUCUUACAGGUGGAAGCUCUGCAGGCUCAGCUGGAAGAACAGACCAAGCUGUCUAGAGAGCACGUCGAGGGACUCAUGCAGGACAGACAUAUCCGCAUUGAGGAGAUACAGGUUCAACACCAGAGGAACCAGGACAGAGUCAGAGAGCUCACCAAAAGUCUCCACCACACCCAAGAACUGCUUUUUGAGAGCACCAAAGAUUUUCUGCAACUCAGAUUUGAAAACCAAGAGAAAGAGAAAUUGUGGAUGGUUGAAAAGGACCAUUUGAUGUCAAAGAUUAAGCAAUACAGGACACUGUGUAAGAAGAAAGAAGAUAAAGGUGGAAAAGUUUGGCCAGUCAUGCACGAGAGUCAUAACCAAAAUGAAUAUAUUAAGUCCCUAAAAGAUAAGUUAAUACAAGAGAAAAAGCUCUCUAACAUGUACCAGGAGCAGUGCAUUUCCUUAGAAGAACAGCUUGCCCAAAUUCGUGAAGAAGAGGGAGUGAAGAGAGAGAUUUUCAAGGACCGCACGAGCAAGAUGGGGACGCGUCUGCAGGUAAUGACAAAACGCUAUGAGGCCUUGGAGAAUCGCCGGGCCUUGGAAGUUGAAGGAUUUAAAACAGAUAUUAAAGCUCUUCGAAAGAAACUGAAAGACUUGGAGCAUAUGCUCUACAAGGCAACACUGAGUGCCCAGGAAAACCAGGACCUUGCCAUGCUGUGUGAGGUCCGAGACAGCAAUAGACGGGCAUACAAGAUCCAAGGGGAACUGAAGAGCCUCAAGUCCAAAGUGUUUGGUCUGGAGAAUGAGCUGAGACUCUGCUAACAGCUGCUGGUAGCAGUGAUCCUCCUCUCCACUGGGUCUGCUUCCUACACCUUGCAGAAAUGGUCAUUCUUCCCCCCAACCCCCAAAACUAUAGAUACUGACUGUAAAAGUAGCAGUGGCCAUUCUUACAAAAACAGGGUGAAGAAUCAAGGACCUGUCAGCACACUUUCCUUGUCCCCUAAGCUUGUAAAUUUUGCUGUUGUUGUUAACCUCUUUUCUCUUAAGAAGACAGUGAUGAUGCAGACUUAGGAAGCAAGUAUUGUUGCUGUGAAUUUGGAUUGUCUGUGGAGACAGAGGCUGACAGAAAGACAAAAUCACAGCAUGUGAGAUGUGAGCCCUUUAACUUUCUGUGGUCUAGGGCUACUCCAGGGUUGCACAAUUCUAUGACUUUCCACCAGGGGGCACCAGAGAUCCUACUCUGAUUAAGACUCUUAUCCAGGACAAUGAGGGCACCACUAAGAGUGAAUGAAACUGAAAUGAUCUUUGUGCGAAGUCUAGUUUUCACUCAUAACCUAUUUUUUAAAAUAAUGUAUAUGUUUUAAAUUAACUUUUUUCAA